AUGGAUCCGGACAGAACUUUGAGAACAAAACUUCUCCAGUUGGAAUGCCACUUCACCUGGGCUCUGAUGAAAGAUGAUAUAGAUCUAAAUGAUGUUCUCAAUAGACUGCAAGAACAGAUUAAGUUGUACCACGUAAAGAAAGAAGGACUUGCCCGAACUUACAGUGCUUUGGCAUAUGUUCAGUUCCUUCUGGGGUUUCACGAGGAGGCACAUAAUAAUCUCAUGACAUCCGUGAAGCUACUCAUGGAAUGCCACCGGGAUGAAUUUCAUAAAACUCUCAUUGUCACUUAUGGAAACCUUGCCUGGUUAAACUACCACAUGAAGAACUACACAGAAUGUGAAAGUUACCUGAAGAAGCUUCAGAAGAUGAAUGAAACCUUUCCAACUGAGUGUUCAUCUGUUCCAGAAGUGCUUGGUGAAAAGGGAUGGACUUUUCUUAAAUUCUCACGCAAAUAUUACAACAUAGCCAAAGAAUGUUUCAGGAAGGCUUUAGAACUGGAACCAGAGGAAGGCGAAUGGAAUGCUGGUUAUGCCAUUGCUCUGUAUCGCACCGAAUACAAGAGUUUCACUCUGGAGAAUUCGCCUACAAUAAAGCAACUGAGACGGGCCAUUGACACGAAUCCAGAGGAUGACGUUCUCAAAGUCCUCUUAAGCAUGCGACUGAUUGUUUACAAAAGGUACAAAGAGGCUGACAGUUUGGUAGAGAAGGCUUUAGAAAGAUCUCCAGAUCACCCACAUGUCAUGCGAUAUGUUGCGAUGUUCUUCAGGAAUCAAGGAAGUGUGGACAGGUCAAUUGCUCUUUUGAAGCGAGCGCUUGAAAGCUCACCCAAUUCAAGUUUCAUACAUCAUCAGUUAGCUCUUUGCUAUAAGUUGAAGAAAAUCCAACUGCGGCAGGAGGGAAGUCACCAUGCCAAAGGGUCAAGAGUUCAACAGAUUCGCGAUCAAUGCAUCUAUCAUUUAGAAAAGGCCACCAGCCUGACAGCCUCCUUCAUUUCUGCAAUGAGCGAUCUAGCGCUGCUGUAUGGAGAGAACCAGGAUAUGUCACGGGCUGAGGAGCUGUUUCAGGUCACUUUCAAAGCAGCCGGAGAGAAAAACGACAAUCUACAUGUUGUCAAUUUUUAUUAUGCUGAAUUCCAGCUCUACUGCCACAGAUGUGAGUCGUUAGCUAUCAAACACUACAUGGAAUGUCUGAAGAUGAGCCCGGAUUCAGUCGAAGGGAAGAGAAGUGCCUACAGUUUAAAGAAGACUGCUGACAAAAUAAUUCAGAGAAACUCGCUGGAAGGGGAGGCUUAUGGGAUACUAGGGUUCCUUCAUAAGGUAAAAGGGGAGAAACGUCAAGCCAUUGAGUGCUAUGAGAAAGCUCUGAGUUAUGAAGACAAUGAUGAGUUCCUCAGUAACCUUAGUGCACUCAGGCUGUCCUUACAGUAA